GAUCUGGACGACAGCACCGCUCAGCUUUUACAUGUGUACUCCUAUAAUGGCGAGACCAAGGUCAUCAAGGAGAAGACUGUCAUUCCCUUCAGCAACGUCGACAAGGAAGGCCUCAAGCUGUCGGAUAUUCGCAAAGUGCUGGUCAGCGAAAAGUGCUUGGAACCUCGGCUCCUGUGGAGCCCUUUCAUCAAUCAGCGUGGUGCCAAAGUCAGUGACGAGACCACCUUCAAAACGUACCUUCGGAUUUUGAAUGAGAAGUCAAGCGAGACGGGCGAUUCCAUCGAGGAUAACAGCGAUACCUACCGUGUCUACCUGAAGUCCAAGAAGAUCCUCGAAACGGGUAUUCAAAAUGGCCUCCUGGAUCGAGGUACCAUAGUGGAGGUCGAUAAGAAACUCCCGCAGCUGCCGGUUGCGGCACAGCCCAAGACACCCGAGGUGCCGACGAGUUUCAGCCACAACAUCUUCCUGAACCCCACCACCACCUUCAGCAUUGUUCACCCUUCGGAUAUGAAUGAAAAGCAAUGGUCGGCCACCUUGCGAUCGAAUUCCUUGCUGCACGCCUAUCGAGUUGUCGACGAGGGAGGGGACAAAUACGUCGAACGCUCAUUGUAUCCGACCUUCGUCCUGAAGCCCCGCAGCUUCUGGAACUAUCAGAUCAGUGCCACAGCCGAGAUCGACUCCAUUGCCGGGCAGAAGCAAUCGCUGCGAAUUCCGCGAUUCCGCAUUGCCGACGACAGUUACAUCUCUCAAUAUGAGGCGAAGAAGUCGGUCGCUCGAGCGAUCGCGCAGAACUCGCUAUCUGAGACCUCAGCUGAGAUGGCCAUUUCAGGAGGGGCCUUUGGCUACAGUGCCAGUGCAUCGGCGAGCUGGGGUCAGACCCAGUCGUCAUCUUCCACCUCCAGCACGAAGCAGGAUAGUCGGGUGAUGACCAUCACCUAUAACUUUCCCCGAGUCGUCAUCGAUUUCGAGCCUGCCGGUCUCGACCUGAGCGAAGAAGCGAAGGCGGAUCUGCAGGCGGUUGACAGCGCCGAGGCCGUCGAUAUCUUCAAGGCAAAAUAUGGUCGCUUCUUCCCCACUCGCGUCCAACUCGGCGGUCGGCUACACGCGAGCGAGGAAAGCACCAGCACCGACGCGGCUUCUACUGCCGCGCAGGCAAAGUCCAUGCGGGCGGCCGCCGCGCUCUCCUUCUCCUCGCCCUGGGUGCAGGCCUCGGCCAGCGUCAGCCACAGCAAUGCGUCCAGCUCCAGCUCCGAAAGCAAGGACAGUUCCUCGAUCAGCACCAUCUCAUGGGAGGCAACGGGUGGAGAUACCCUGCAGAGCAACAACCCCCCGGCAUGGGCCUACACCGUCGGCUCAUAUUACAACUGGCGUCCCGUCAAGCAAAACAAAGUUGUGGCCCUCGAGGACCUCAUUUCCAAGUUGCCGGGAUACCAGGACACGAAGGAGCGAUUUGCCGCCCUUCUC